CAUAUACUGUCUGUGACAUGGACCUCAUCCGAACGCAAGAAGCAUGAUGAUCGAAGACGACUCAUCCUUCUUCCACUACUCCCUCCUCACCAUCUUCCUAAUAGCACCCCCAACCUUCAUCUCCCUCGCCUUCCUCCAGGCCCCCUACGGCAAGCACCACAGGCCCGGAUGGGGGCCCACCAUCUCUCCCCCCCUGGCCUGGUUCCUCAUGGAGAGCCCAACCCUCUGGCUGACGCUCCUCCUCUUCCCCCUGGGCCGCCACGCCUCCGACCCCAAGGCCCAAACCCUGAUGGCCCCCUUCCUCCUCCACUACUUCCACCGCACCGUCCUCUACCCCCUCCGCCUCCUCCUCACGCCUCCCUCCAAGGCCCCCACCCCCUUCCCCCUCGCCGUCGCCCUCAUGGCCUUCACCUUCAACUCCCUCAACUCCUACCUCCAGGCCCGCUCCGUCUCGCACUACAUCGACUACUCCACGGGCCUCUUCUGGCCCCGCUUCUUCCUUGGGCUUCUCCUGUUCUUCUGCGGAAUGUGGAUCAAUGUCUGGGCCGAUAGGGCUCUGCUGCGGCUCAAGGGCCAGGGGAAGGGCUACGUGGUGCCCGGGGGAGGCCUGUUCGAGCUCGUGGCCUGCCCCAAUUACUUUGGGGAGAUUGUGGAGUGGCUGGGCUGGGCCGUCAUGACUUGGUCGUGGGCCGGGCUCGGCUUCUGCGUCUACACUUUUGCGAACUUGGGGCCCAGGGCGCGCGCGAAUAGGAGGUGGUAUUUGGACAAGUUUGGGGAGGAUUAUCCGAAGGAGAGGAAGGGGGUCAUUCCUUACUUGUAUUGAUGUUUUUUGAAAUUUCUCUUCUUCUUCAAUUCUUGUAAUUGGGAAGGUGUUGCUGAGAUGUGAAGGGAAAAAUCAAAAUCAUAAAUAAUUGGAAUCUUAUUUUCAUUUCAA